AAUAAUGUCAUCAUACUCGUGAUAUUUGUCCUAGCCGGUUGUUAAGUAGUUUUUAUUUAUGAAUAAAAACUAGAAUAAUCUCAUUUUUAUUUAGAUUAUUUAGUUAAAUUAUAUAGUUUAAUUAAUUUAUUAUGUUAAAUAUUAGUAAUAUUAAUAUUAGAAAAAAUGAAAUUAUUUUGUCGAGUGCUGAAAUUAAUUCAUUUUAUUGUAACUGUGUUGAUGACCGUUUACGAUUAUUUAAUUACAAUAAAAGACGAUUUGAUUAAUUACCUACGGCCUAAGACAUUAAAGUGUAUUGAUACAAUUGUUGACGUAUGUGACGUUAGUAAACUUGAGAAGCUACCGAGCCACCUGGUUAUUGUCGUUGCUUCCAAGGACAAAGUAUCAUUUUCCGAUCUUGCUAAAAUUGUAGGCUGGUGUUGUACACUUGGAAUACCAAAUAUAACUUUUUAUGAUAGAGAAGGAAUAAUUUAUGAAAAUUCGGAGCAAUUGAUAAAGGAAUUCAAUAAGCUCACACCUAAUUUUGGAUCACGUGUCAUUUGGUCGAACAAAAUAACCAAAAAAUUCGAAAAUUUAGCUAAUGGAGAAUUUAAACAGUACACAAGAGUUAAUUUUGCAAUUUACAAUGAUGGCAAACCAGAAAUAAUAAAAUUAACACGUCAACUCAGUCAAGCUGUUAAAUUAAAAUUAUUAAAGACUGAUGAUAUAAAUUAUGAUUUAAUUAACGAAAAAUUAUCGUUACCAGUGCCGGAUCCAGAUCUUGCUAUUAUUACUGGUAGAACAUUUUCAACUUUUGGUUUAUUGCCCUGGCAUAUUAGAUUAACUGAAUUUUACAACGUACCAACGCAUCAUAAUAUAUCACCGCAUAAAUUUAUUAAUAUUUUAGAAGCAUUUGCCAAAUGUCAUCAACGAUUUGGUACCUAAUUUACUAAUUUACUACCAAUAACAAAAACUAUUUUUUUUUUUCUCACGGCAUGUAAAUACUGCGAAUAGAGUAAAUAACAGAAAUCAUUGAGA